CUGACAGCACUAUAAGAGAGGGAGGUCGAAAGUGAAAAGGCCAGAAAGGAACCGGCGAGAGCAGCAGAAGGGAGUCAAAGGAGCUCAUAACACUUGUCUGCGCACCGGUAACAAGAUGAAAGGCACACACUUCUUCGCUGGAAUUCUCCUGCUUCUCUUCUUCAUCCACAGCAGCCUGGAGCUGCCACUACUAGAUGCUGCAAGCUCAGAGACAGAAGCACGGGUUUGGGAGGAGAGGAAAGAUUUCCCGGUGGUGAAGAGGCAUUCAGAGGGCACCUUCUCCAACGACUACAGCAAAUAUCUGGAGACGCAGCGGGCUCAGGACUUUGUGCAGUGGCUGAUGAACUCCAAGAGAAGCGGCGGCCUAGUCCGGCGCCAUGCCGACGGAACCUACACCAGUGACAUCAGUGCCUACCUGCAGGACCAGGCGGCUAAAGACUUCAUCACCUGGCUAAAAAACGGACAGCCCAAACAAGAAGGUGAUAGGAAACGAGGCGCAUAUUCAAUACGCAGGAGACAUGUGGACGGGAGCUUCACCAGCGAUGUCAACAAGGUGCUAGACAGUAUGGCAGCUAAGGAAUAUCUUCAGUGGGUCAUGAACCAGUCAUCAGGGACGAGUGGCAAACGACAAUGAAACCAGUGAGAAAACCAGAGUGCUUCCUGUCCGGAGUGAAUUUUUGGAUGUUGUUCUCCACUGACCCAGAGGGCCUGCAAUCAUCAAAUCAUCAGUGAAAGCCAUAGUUCUUAGUCAAAGAUGAUAUUUAUGUUUAGAAAUUGAAAGCCAUAUUUUUUUCACUGUUUGUAACUUCAACACUGUGAUAUAAAAUGAUUAUUUAUUAUCCAGAGUUUUGUGGU